UUUCCAGCAAAAUGGCGGAGGUCGGUGCUAGUGAGUCGAGCAGUCCAGAGACAGAUCGAGACUUUGAUCCGACUGCAGACAUGCUAGUUCAUGAUUAUGAUGAUGAACAAACUUUGGAAGAAGAGGAAAACAUGAGUGGUGAUAGUUGUUGCAAUGAAUUGGAUGAUUUACAGAAGGAAGGAGAUAUGCCACUGUCAGAUUUAAUGAGCAUGUAUGGAUACCAUUCACAUGAUGGAAAUGAACAACAAGAUACCAGGUCUAGUAGUGAAGAAGAAAUUCUCAGCAAUCAAGAUCUUACCUUAGAUAAAGAUGAGAUCGCCAGAGAUCUCCUGAAAAAUAGUGAUGACGAUGAUGACAAGGAAACUGAUGUUCAUGAUUUAAUCAACAGUGUUUCACAGACUGCAAGAUUGCUUCGAUCAGCCAGCCAACCUGGAAGUGAUGAUGAUGAUGAUGAGUCAGAUGAAGAAGACUAUGAACCAACUGAAAUUCCUGAGGAUGACUGGAAAAAGACUAUUCAAGUUGGACAUGACUUUCAAGCUUCUGUACCAGAAGGCCUUUGUAAAUAUGGUGAUGCUCCAGCUUAUGAAAAUGAAGACCGGUUGCUAUGGGAUCCAGAUAAAUUAGAAGAUUCUGUUGUUGAAAAUUAUUUGAAUGAAAUCCACAGCCAGGCAUUACAAGCUGCAACAGGUGUUAAUGCAAUUCCUACAGGUGCUCAUAUUCGUGAUGAUGAACAGGCCUUAUAUAUGCUGCUGCAAUGUGGUCAUAAUGUUGAGGAAGCUUUAAGGAGAAGGAAGAUGCAGGCUAUACCUCCAACAGAUACCAUGAGUUUAUGGUCUGAAGAAGAAUGUAGGAAUUUUGAAAAUGGUAUCAGAGUAUACGGCAAAGAUUUCUAUUUAAUACAACAGAAUAGGGUGAAAACAAGGUCUGUUGGAGAACUUGUACAGUUUUAUUAUUUGUGGAAGAAAACUGAGAGACAUGAUGUUUUUGCAAACAAAAAUAGACUUGAAAAGAGAAAGUAUGUCCUCCAUCCAGGAAUAACAGAUUAUAUGGACAGAUUUGAUGACCAGGAGAGUCCUGCUCCACCUCAAAAUAGAGAAAGAUCUGCUAGUCCUGUCACUUGUUUACUCUAUGGUGAUCCUAAACGCAACUCAUUAAAACCUUCACACGAGACUGACAAUUCUAAUGCAAAUAGUGAAUCUAAAGAAUUUGAUCUCAGUUCAGCUUCACCUACAGUGACAAGUCUAAGUCCUGAUCUAAAAAGGAGAAGUUCCUCGCCCAAAAGUGUACACAAUAGCAGUAUUAAUGGUUUACAUGAUGAAGUGUCACUUGAACCUCCUGUUAAUAAAAAAUUAAAGACUGAAACUGAUGUUUCACAUUAUGGACUUGAAGAAAGUUACUCGGACACGAGUCAACUGGAAGAUAAAAACUCUUCUUUUAAUCUAGGACAUCAUUUAGCAGAGAGUAUUAAGACUUCAACAUCAUUAACUUGUACAGUGUCAGAAUCAUUAGUAUCAUAAUAUCAUGUUAAAAUGCAUCAUACAUAUUUAAAAUGCCUUGUUUCAGGUCAAUCAUUUCAUAUAUUCUGUAUGCAAAUAGCAUUGGGAAUACUCAAAUCUGAUAUACAUUUCCUUAUCAAUUUUAAAAUUAAGAUGUUAGUAGUAAAGAAUAGUCUCACAAAAAUUAAGAAGAGUUGUAUGCUGAAGUUAUCAUAGUUAUAAAUCACUUCAUACAUGUUUUUCACAUUUAAUUUACUGUCAGACUAGAAACAGUUCAAUAUUCAUUUGUUGUGAUGGUAGAUAUUAAUUUUCCUUAGACAUAUUUUCAAUUAAAUAAAGUUAUUGAAAUUAAAUAACAAGAGUUCCUUAGAUGGAAUAAAUUUGAUGUAUAAAAAAAUGUAAUCUUAGGUAAAAUAAUGUUCAUACUGUCAUCACUUAAAUAUUAUUGAUUGGAAAACUAAUUUCAUGUCAAAAUAUCUUAACACCUGAAGAUCAGUAUUUUGAAAUUUAGAAUGUAUGCAAAAAAAUACUUAGCACUGUAAAUUAUAGAUAGAUAUAUUUUGGCCAGUAUUUUAGUGAUGAUUUUUAUACAGAUCUUGAGCGGAUGGAUAUUGUGAAAAAUUUGUAUAUAUGGAAAGUGCAAUACCUUCUCCUUUAACAGCCAUAAAUUACCAUUCCUUUUCUUUUCUUUAGUUGUUUAUAUUUAUUUCAUCCUGCAUUGAGAAAUACUUCUAUCCCCAAGCUGACAAAACAGUGGCUUGAUAGUUGACAGACCGAACACUACUUUUGAGAGAAAAAACACAGUCCAUUGAGUACAACAUUCUUUACAUCUUUUCUAUAUAAUUUUUUUUUAAUUCUCAAUGUAACAUAUACUCAGAUAUUAAAGUUGAUAAUUAAUGUGAAGAUAUAUACCCAUACUUGCCAAGAUCAUUGCAUAAAUUGUGCAUGGUGCAUGAAUAUAUACAUCUUAUAAAAUAUCAAUGAUGUUCCAGUAAAAGUAAUAUUUAAAAUUGAAGUUAUCUUACUUGCUCCAUAAUUGUAGUUUAACCAACUGCAAUUAUGGACAAAGGAAGAUAUAUCCCCUAUUCACAGUGUUGCAAUCUAAUGCUUAAUGCAAUGAUUUUUUUAUGCCCCACCUACAAUAGUAGUAGGGGCAUUAUGUUUUCUGGUCUGUGCAUCUGUUCGUUCGUUUGUCCGUCUGUCCCGCUUCAGGUUAAAGUUUUUGGUCAAGGUAGUUUUUGAUGAAGUUGAAGUCCAAUCAACUUGAAACUUAGUACACAUGUUUCCUAUGAUAUGAUCUUUCUAAUUUUAAUGCCAAAUUAGAGUUUUGACCCUAAUUUCAUGCUCCACUGAACAUAGAAAAUGAUAGUGCGAAUGGGGCAUCCGUGUACUAUGGACACAUUCUUGUUUAAUUUUUCAUUCCCACUGCAAAAUGAAUGCCAUCUUUACCCUUCAGUGCUCACAAGCACUUUGAUUAAUGAUUUGUUUUUAAAAUUGUUGCAAGCGAAAUAGUACAUGUUCCCCUAAAAGUUAAUAAUUUUUUCAGUGAAAAUUUUAUCUUCAUAAUAAGAAAUUAGUGUGAAGUUAUCAAAUUCAGAAGUUCUUAAAGGAUAGUUUCAAGAUAUUUUAAAUUUUUGGUGAACACACUUAAAAUUUGAAAAAAAAUGGUAUUUUAAAGUCAAAUUAUGUCCUACAACUGCACCUAAUCAGCUUAAAGUGCCUAUUAAGGGAAAACAAGAAGACAUGGCCUGUUUUAAAGCUAAUAAAAGUAACAUCAUAGUUUACAUAGUUGUUGAUAGGUUGGGAGAUCUAUUAAUUUUAUUGAUUUUUACAGGUGCAAAUUUAACACAAAUGGAAAUUCCUAUAGUGCUUCCUCAUUGUAAAUGUCAUUGUAUAUAUCUUUUAUAGAUUAGAAAUGCUUUAUACUCUUAGGAAGUUAUAAUUUAAGUGUGUUAUUCAUUUACAGUCUGAUUCAGAAUUUUUGUUGUUGUAAAUACCAUGUUCUCAAAAACAGAGCUGUAAAACAUGACAUUACAGUAAAAACAGGAAAUGCUUCCUUGUAUUGAUCCUAAACGAAUACUAACAUUAAAGAGAUAUUGAAAUUAAGACUAUGCCAAGAAAUCAACUUGAAUUUGUGUAACAAUAUAUAGCAAACAAAUCUAAUUUAACAUCUUAUGUAAUAUUUAAGUGCAAUUAAACUGAUUAAUUUUAGGGAACAUUUCAAAUAUAUAAAAGAAGAUGUGGUAUGAUUGCCAAUGAGACAACUCUCCACAAGAGACCAAAUGACACAUAAAUUAACAACUAUAGGUCACCGUACGGCCUUCAACAAUGAACAAAGCCCAUACCGCACAGUCAGCUAUAAAAGGCCCCGAAAUGACAAUGUAAAACAAUUCAAACGAGAAAACUAACGGCCUAAUUUAUGUACAAAAAAUGAACGAAAAACAAAUUAACACAUAAACAAACGACAACCACUGAAUUACAGGCUCCUGACUUGGGACACUUCGUCAAAUAAUUCCUGUGAAAAGUCACUUGUCUCCCUUAGAUCUCGAGGGGUAAAGGGGGGUAAUGAUCAUCUGUGAUAAAACUUUGAUGAGAAUGGUAGAUCAACGAUUGAAUUUCUAUAUGUCAGAAAUAUGCUUGUGAAUUUUCUAAGAUAUGAUGACUCAGGUGUCACCAUCUAGAUAGUGAUACUGGUCUAAUUUUCAGUAACCAUGGUAUUGAAAACAAUUUUUUCUCUUUUCACUUCAUUUGAUGAAUAUGCAUUAACAUAAAGAAUGUCUCAUGUAUUGUGUAUAUAUUCAUUAUUUUUUGUAUAACAUUCCGAUAUUUUACAUCAUAAAAUGUUUGAAAUAUGUCUGAUGUUUUUGUAUAUGAAUUAAAAGACAAUUUAUAAGUACAAGAGUCCUUUACAUUUGGCUUUAAUUUUAAUAGAGACUUAUGGUACAUGUGUAAAAUCAACAUUGUAAAAAUUGUUUUCUUUAUACAGGAGGUGAUGAAGUGUUUAAAUCUACAUUAAUAGAUUGACAUAAUUGAACAACAUUAGAAAAAGGAAAUGAAAAAGCUUACCAAUUUAUAACAAAAUACAACUUGAAACAUGUUUAAAACAAUUAUUUAAUGUUACUUGGCAUUAUCUUAUAAGAUUAUGCAUUUGCAUCAUUACACACUUAAUCUGUCAUGAUUCUGUUGUUUAUGAUUUAAUUGGAAACACUUUGCAUAAUUUUUGGACUUUUACUUUACAGAAAAAUUUAACAGCAACAAUUUAUGCACCAAUUUCAAAACAUAGAUACAAUUUAUACAACAAUUAAAUGAUUCUUUUAUGAAAAUAAUUUGAUUACUCAGGAUAUAAUGUAAAACGGUGCUAUUUUUAUACCCUCCCAUGAUCAGUAAUCAGUCAAAUGUUUUUGCCUUUGCAUGUCCCUCUGGUUCAAAUAAGUUUUGCAUUUAAGUUAAUUUUUCAGAACUAUAAGAUAGUAUAUCAAUGAUGUUUCACCGGUGUAAUUUUGAAUAUGAUACAAUAGAAUUCUGUUAAUGAUUGAUGUAGUUUUUUUUGCAGUACCUCCGUAGUAUAACUGUUGACUAUUGUUUAUUCUAAGUUAGGUGUGCCAACAUGAUACAAAACACUGAAUUCUAAUUAUACAAAUUAUAGCUUUUAAUCACUGUCUUCAUUUUGAAUAAACAGUAAACAGAUUAUGCUCUCAUGAAUUCCAACUACAUGGUACAUCAAUUAAAGAAUAAAAAAUUCCCUUAUAGAUAAUGCAUGGUUAAAAUUUAUUAAGAUUGAACAGUAAUUUGAAAUUGUUGAAAAUCAGUACCAUAACCAUUUCUUAUUUUUAAAAAUUAAACCAGAAAAGAGUUAUAUAUUGCUAUUUUGAUUUGUAUUACAUUCUCAAGAUACUCUAUCAAAAGACAAAUGAUGUAUGGCAAUCAUAGGUUUGAGUCUCAUUCUUUUAAGAGUGAAAAAUAUUUUCAUAGCAAUGUCAUAGUUCAGAAAGGUAUAAAAGAAAAAAAAUCCCAAGAAAUAAUAUUUACAAAAAUUUAAAAAUAAUUACUAAAAUGAUUACUACUUGAAAAAAGUUGAAUCCAUAAUAAUGGAAAAAGAUUUCACGAAUAGAAUUUGACUACAGUAACUAUGCUAUUAAUUCUUUUUUAGAUGUUUAUGUUUUUAUGUUGAAUAUAUUCUUGCACUUAAAACACAGUAAAUCAUUGAAAUUUUUAUUUGUUUGUGAGACGAAAUAUUGUUGUAUUCAUUCAUUAUUCAUUUUAUUUUCAUUGGAAAUCUUUUCAAUAUUUGAAAUCAAAGCUGUUAAGAACGUGCAAUUGUUUCACAAUAUGAUGUACAUAAUUACUAACUUUAUGGUUUUAGCCAAAGUCUUCAGUUUAUUGAGAGAUGAUUUUAUGAGUUGUAUAUACAAACUAUAUAUGAUAUAAAUAUACUGUACAUUCUUUCACACCAUUUGAUUGUUGUCUCAGUACAAAUCACAUGCAUUUAUGUCCGUCCAUAUAUUCACAAUGCAUGGUCAUAUCAGGUAAGAAUAAAAUGUGCACGUUCUUAUAAUUUGUCAAAUUAUAAGGAGGUUGGGUUAAGGAAAUGAUAGUUAAAAGAAUGGGCUUGAACAUUCUAAUCAGUAUGGGUCCUUAAUUUAACUAUUUACCAUAUUUAAAACAGCUGUUGCUGUCAGUGCUACAAUCAAAUUAGCCUGGAUUGGAUUGAUAUGUCCAGAAGUUUAAUUAAUUGAAAACCCACUUCAAAUAAUUAGAAUGACAAAAAUUUACUUGCUUGUACAGUGAGGUAUUUUCCCUCAAUCCCAAUGUAAAUAUUGUUUUCAAUGUGCAUUGUUUGAAAGAAUGUAUAGUAUAUCUACUGCAAGUCAUGAAUGAAUGUAUUAUUGUAUAUUUGAUUAUCACGCCAAUGUUGAUAUGAUUAAUAAUUAUUUAUUAUGUAUAUAGUCAUAGAUGGAUUCUAUGCGACAAAUAAAUUUUUACAGAGAUAAAUAAAACUUUUGUUAUUGUUA